CCCUGCAGUACCGCACAGGGCCGGGGGUGGCGCCAGAGAGCCCUCCUCCCCACACAUACACACACACGCCGCUCCGCUAAAGAUGUGAAAAUGGCGGAGCUACAAAUGCUUUUGGAAGAGGAGAUUCCAGCAGGACGAAGCGCACUACUAGACAGCUUCACCAAUUUGGAAAGAGUCGCCGAGUACUGCGAAAGCAACUAUGUCCAGUCUCCAGACAAGCAGAGGGCGCUGGAGGAGACCAAGAACUACACCACCCAGUCUCUGGCCAGCGUCGCCUACCUGAUCAACACGCUGGCCAACAAUGUCCUCCAGAUGCUGGACAUCCAGGCCUCGCAGCUCCGCCGCAUGGAGUCCUCCAUCAACCACAUCUCACAGACGGUGGACAUCCACAAGGAGAAGGUGGCCCGGCGGGAGAUCGGCAUCCUCACCACCAACAAGAACACGUCCCGCACGCACAAGAUCAUCGCCCCAGCCAAUCCCGAGAGGCCUGUGCGCUACAUCCGCAAGCCCAUCGACUACAGCAUGCUAGACGACAUGGGCCACGGAGUCAAGGCCAGCGCUCAGAACAUGAAGGCCGGAGGCGGCGGACUCCCUCGCACAAACCCCCCCACACAGAAGCCCCCCAGCCCACCCAUGUCGGGGAAAGGGACCCUUGGGCGCCACUCCCCCUAUAGGACGCUCGAGCCGGUGCGUCCGCCCGUUGUCCCUAACGACUACGUCUCGAGCCCGACGCGCAACAUGGCGCAGCCCCAGCAGAGCCCUACACGCACUGCAUCCGUUAAUCAGAGGAACCGCACGUACAGCAGCGGGAGCAGCGGAGGCAGCCAUCCCAGCAGCAGUCGCAGCAGCAGCCGAGAGAACAGCGGCAGUGGCAGCGUGGGCGUGCCCAUCGCCGUGCCGACCCCAGCCCCACCCACCGCCUUCCCAGGCGCUCCUCAGUUCUACAGCAUGAACCGCCCGGCGCAGCCCCCCCACAACUCGCAGGUGGGAGGCUCGCUGCCGUAUCGCCGACCCGCGUCCGUCACCGGUCAGCCCAACAUGGCCCACAACCAAAGCCAGCUCAAUGGGGGACCACACUUCGCGCAGAACCCAGCCGGCCCGCUCGCGCCCCCUCCCCCCUCCAUGCAGAUCACCCCUCAGCUGCCUCUGAUGGGCUUUGUGGCCCGAGUUCAGGAGACUAUCUCAGACGUGCCGCCUCCACCUCCGCCCUCCGAGGAGCCGGUGUUUGAGGAACCCACACCACCCCCUCCGCCGCCGGAGGACGACGAGGACGACGAGGACGAGGAAGAAUCGGCCGUGGUGGAGUACAGCGACCCGUACGCCGAGGAGGACCCGCCCUGGGCCCCGCGCACCUACAUGGAGAAAGUGGUGGCCAUCUACGACUACGCCCGCGACAAGGAAGACGAGCUCUCGUUCCAGGAGGGCGCCAUCAUCUACGUCAUCAAGAAGAACGACGACGGCUGGUACGAGGGCGUGAUGAACGGCACCACGGGCCUGUUCCCCGGCAACUACGUUGAGUCCAUCAUGCACUACGCCGACUGAACGACCCCCGCCCCCUCCCUCUCUGGGCGGUGGAGGAGUAAAGGGAGGAGCGUUAGACGGGGGAGGGGGAGGGGGAGCCGCGGGUUUAAAGGUCAAAGACUUUGAUCAGACAGAGCAUGAUCACUUCCGGGCGAAGAGAGGACAGAAAGAGGAGGAGGAGGAAGAGGAGAAGUUUUUAAAGAAGUCGCAACAUGACAAACUCUGGACACAGGCGCCAUUGUAAAACAACCACUACUCGACAUAUAUCCUUCCCUGUAACAUUUCUUUCUUUGUCUUCUUUAUUGGACUGGGACGGUGGUGGAUUUCUUGCGUUUUUGAGAGUUUUUUUGCGUUACGUUAUGAGGCCACUACGUUGAUUUUUUAUUUUUUUAUUAUUUUUUGGGCUUUCCCGCCUUUAAUCGACAGGACAGCUAAGUGCGAAAGGGGAGAGAGAGGGGGGUCGGGCACGAAAUCGUCCCUGGACCUCUGCGUCGAGUCAUAAACCUCUAUGUAUACGUGCGCCUGCUCUACCCACUGAGCCAACCCGGCCACGUUUGAUUGUUUUUGUAACCGAUUUUCCCUUAUUUUAAAGAAUAUUUAUUUGGGUUUUGUAGUGGGACAGAUGGUUUGCAGGUAGAUGGGGUGGGGGGGGGGCAAAAAGGGCUGGAGAACGCCUUCAUGUGUUGAUUUUUAGUGAAAAAUACUCCUCUCUCUAUCCUCGAUGUGGGGUGGAACAAAGCGGUAGUUUCAGUACUUGUCUUUGUAUUUGUGUAGGUACUUCAGCAGAGAGCGUGCCAAAGCUGACAUUCACUAGGAUAAAGCACAUCAAAUGUCUUAGGGCGACGCACACCAAGCUAGAACUACAAGUGGGUCGGACAAAAAGGCGUCUAAAAGGAAACCGAAAAGCCCCCGAGAGUGCUUUAAACCCCCCCGUUUUCUUUUAUUAAUUUAUUUUUUUUGUUGCUGCUGAUUGUGUUCAUUCAAUAAUCUGAAAUAUCUUAACGCCACGCCGGUCCGCGGUUUAACUUGAAAGGGGGGGCGAGUUCAGUCACUCUGCGCGUCACUCUGCAGCGUGAACGCAAAACCAAACCAAAACUGAAAAAUGCGAUGUUUGCGGCUCCAGCCCCUCCCCCCUCACUUUGCUCACUUUGCCGGCCGGCGUGCGUUGUUUUCCGCGAGAAGGAAUCGUCUUUCGGCCCUUGAAUACGAGAGGAAACGCGGGAUUCCUCGAUUGCGCAGGGACCUGGAUUUUGAAGUCUUUGCUUCCGUAGCUCCUGUCGUGACUAGGGUUGGGCAUCGUUUGGAAUUGCUACGAUUCCGAUGUGACGUGUUUACUAGCGAUCACAUGCAGUGAGCGGUGAAUUUGCUUUCACGUCCGUUUUUGGUGAGCCCAGAGGGAAAAUAUGGCAUUUUAAAAGUAGCCUACAUUUACAGUAGCUAGCUAACGGUAGACUACAGAGGAAGGGGGAUGUUUUGAUGUCCGUUUCAGAGCGACAGAUCCGACAGAAUCGACACAUUAAGCGGAACCGGAACUGGCGUUCUAAUCCGGUCCGAUUCCUACCGGUUGCGUAGUGGAAUCGGCUUUCGGUACCCAACCCUAGUGGUGAAUACUGGAAGUGUAUUUGUUGGGUUGGCGAGGCUAAUCAUUUGCAGUGUUCACAUACAUUUGAGAUGAAGGCAUUUUAAUUUUUUAUUUCUGACGUUUCACCCAAGGGGUCCAGCAUCGCGGGGUUGUUGUUUUUUUGGGUUUUUUUGCUCGCAGAGCGGCAGGCUGCAUGUUUCGACUGAUGAUUAAUGUCUUAAUAUUUUUUUUAGAUACGGUGUGGUUUGGUUUUUUGAUAUUCACCCGCGACGACGAAGAUGCAUUUAGGUCAUUUCUAAUAUGCUUGUGCCAUAUUGAUGUGUGUGUGUGUGUGUGUGUGUGUGUGUGUGUGUGUGUGUGUGUGUGUGUGUGUGUGUGUGUGUGUGUGUGUGUGUGUGUGUGUGUGUGUGUGUGCGUGCGCGUGUGUUGCUGGUCAGAGGUUAUCACUUCAUUUGCAAUAAAUCGGCCGGAGUGGAGUGGCUUUUC